AUGGAGAUAUAUUCUAUUGCUAGAAGUGAAAGUAGUUCGUUAGAUGUAGAGUUACUUGCUGUACUUCAGCACCUCUUGGUGGCACAAUCUACUGAACAUAAGGAUCUUUUGGAUAUUCGAAAUCUGCUUAAACCUGCUCUAGAGUAUUCCUUAUCCUCAACAAGACCUCCACAGACUCUUGUAGCUCAUCAAAAACUACUGUGGGCAAUUGAUGCCCGUGCCUCUGUCCUCCGGGUGGACACCAAAAUUGCUGGUUUUGUUCUCGAAAUGUGGUACUGGUGGCAUUCUGUUUUGUGGAAAAAUUGUCAAAUCGGUCUCAUGAGUAUCUCAGAGAUCGGUAACUGUCGGAUUAUGUCGCCUUCUAUGCUGAUUCAGCCUGUGAAAACAGCUACCAUUGAUCAGAUUCUGUAAGUGAUGUAACUCCAUUAAACGGUGUGAAAUCUUAGCAUUUGGUGUGG